AAAAGGAUGAAUUAUUAUGAACCAUUAAAAAAGAGUCAAAGGUUUAAUUUGGGAGCAAAAAAAAGAAAGUCAAAAGAGAAUCCAUAUAACUUAAUGAUUUUUUGGACCGACGUAAAAGCAAAUCAAAAUAUAGGAGUAGUAAUUACUAAAGCAUUCAUAUUUGGUAAGUUGAGCUGUUUAUAGCAAAAAGAUUUUUUUUUACCAUAUACACAUACGUUUCCCAAAUCUGCAGAUGAUUGUUAUGUAUAUAUGAGAUUUCCGUUUUUCUCAAUCUUUGUGUGUGAUAAUAUCAUAUUAAUUGAAAAAAAAAAACACCUUUUGGUUUUAUAAACUUUAAUUUAUAAGUAUAUAUGAAGGUUCAAGAAUCAAAGCCUGUAUCCUAAUGCUAUUCCUUAAACCUAGGAAAAACACCACAAAAAGCCGCAAUGAGAUUGUUCUUAAUACUUGUGAUUUUGUGUGGAUUUUACAAUGAAGCCUAUGGGAAAGGUUCUUUAGAUAUUGAUAUAAAAUUGAAGGCUCUUAAUAAGCCAGCGUUGAAGACCAUCAAGAGUACAGAUGGAGAUAUAAUAGAUUGUAUCGAUAUCUACAAACAACAUGCCUUUGAUCAUCCCGCUUUAAGAAACCACAAAAUUCAGAUGAAACCGAGUGUGGAAUUUGGUACAAAGAAGACUACUACUAUACCAAACAACGGUUCUUCUGAACAAAUUACGUCUCAGGUUUGGUCUAAAUCCGGAAACUGUCCAAUGGGGACAAUACCGGUUCGUAGAGUUAGUAGAGAAGACAUAAGCAGAGCCUCUUCACCGUCUGAAUUUGGGAGGAAAACUCCUCACAGAUACAAGUUUCUCGACAACGCACUUCAACACAAGGGUAAUUUCAAUAUAACAGCAGAAAAAAUAAAUCAAGCCCAACCAAGGUUACGAUCGGAGGCAUUUAUUGUGGCCCUAGGGUACAAUUUUGUCGGAGCUCAGUCUGAUAUAAAUAUUUGGAACCCUUCGAGGGUUGAGGCUAGCGACUACAGCACUGCUCAAAUCUGGCUGGUUGGUGGUCUCUCAGAUACUUUUGAGAGCCUAGAAGCUGGUUGGAUGGUGAAUCCGGCCGUUUUCGGAGACUCACGUACACGUCUCUUCAUCUCAUGGACUAGAGAUGCAUACACUAAAACAGGGUGCAUUAAUCUCUUAUGCGCGGGUUUUGUGCAAACAAGUCAAAAAUUUGCCCUUGGUGCAACCAUUGAACCUGUUUCGAGUGCCUCGAGUACGCAAUAUGACAUCACCGUUAGCGUGUUCCUGGAUCCAAACAGUGGGAACUGGUGGUUGACUUGCGCAAACAACGUGAUGGGUUAUUGGCCAGGGACACUCUUCAACUACCUUAAACAUAGCGCAACCGCUGUGCAGUGGGGUGGAGAAGUACAUAGCCCUAACGUAAUACUAAAGAAGCCACACACGACAACCUCAAUGGGGAGUGGACAAUGGGCAUCUUACAUUUGGGCCGAAGCUUGUUACCACACUAACAUUAGGAUCAAGGACUAUUCCAUGCAGAUCAAAUACCCCAAGUAUCUCUCCGAGUACGCUGAUGAGUAUGAAUGUUAUUCUACAAAGCUCCACCGGAAAACGUAUAUGUCAGAGCCCCACUUUUACUUCGGAGGACCUGGCCGGAAUUCUCGUUGUCCUUAAUCUCAUGUUGAUU